AUCGCGAAGACAGAUGUCGUUAAAAUUCCUGUGCUAUUUAAGAUGGCUCUAGUUUGGCAUGGAUUUCAGGUAGGCCUAGUACCUUGAUAGGAAGCUUAAUGUAACAGUUUUAAAUUAAAUUCAGUUUCCCAGUGCUUUUAAGAUUAAAACUAAAUUAAAGCGUUAGAAGAACCGAAACCCUGGGGAACUCCCGCAUUAGAAGAGGACGUCAAAUUUCUGUGAUCACGAAAUGUAUUCAACAUAGCAAACUGUCAGCAUCAUCAGGAUUUUUCGUUCGGGCUGUGCUUUAAGAAGAUUAGAAUAGAUAUUUGAACUUACUAGCUUUGCGAAUUUCUUCAAGACAAGAACUCAGCAUAGCAUGCAGUUUUUGACUGAUUGUAUUUAAUUCACUGCAAAAUGAAUUCAAAACAGAUCUUCAAACAAGUUGUAUACUGGUGCUUUUUUUAACGCAAAAAAAUCUGUGAGCCAUAAUGGGGUUUUAGCUAAAUAAAGGACAACUUGUGGUUGAUUACAGCCUCUCUUGUUGUGAUCUAUAAUUCAUGAUAAGAGACUGAGCCUAUAAUAAGUACAGAAAAAAUCAAUUAUUAAAUAUGUUUGUAGAAAAAAAAAAUGUUAAUGAGCCAUCUGCUUUUUCGAAGUAUUUAAUAUUAAAGAUCAAACUUAAACCCGGGCCGAUCCUUGUAUUUUUUGUUUGGUUUUGUUUUUUUGUUUGUUUGUUAGUUUGCGAUAUUUCUUUGUCAUUCUUUCCCUAUUCAUUUUAAGUCAAAAUACUGACAUGAAUUGCCCCAUGAGAUAGAAGGGCAAAAAAUCACUAUGUAUUCUCCUUAUAUUGCUUCUGUUUUCCAGGUACUAUCGUGUUUUGCGCAGAACAACAAUGAUGUUUUUAUUCCAACACCGAAAGUAAAGACAUUAGAACCCAGGCUCACUUCAACUACUCCGCUUCCAGUGACCGAGAAAAAUCUGUGGGGCCUGAGAUUGUGGCAAGUUAUGGCGCUGGCUUUAUUUGCCACCAUUGUGUUAAGUAAGUAAACCAAGCGUUCUUACACAAGCCUGCGUUAGCAGGGUCCCUUCCAAAUCCCGUCUUAAGAGUAAGGUUUCGUUUUGGUCAGCACCCAUUUGCGUUAAAGAAUUGCAGUUACAUUGUGUUUAGGUACGUAUGAUGUACCGAUAAGGGAAUCCAAAACAGUCUCGAUUCUGGAUUCCCACGCCGCUGGUUCCGGAUUCAAAGUACACAUGUACUGGAUUUUGUCAUUGAAAAUUGGAUUCCGGAUUCCAAUCGUUAAUGGGAUCUGGAUUCAUUGAGCUGUAUUCCGAAUUCCAAAGCUCAGGAUUCCGGAUUCCAUAAAAAAAAAUUCCCAGAUUCCGGGGUCCAAGAUCCAGGAAACAGGAUUCCCUUAAAUGAGUGGAUAUCAGGAUUUAGUAUUCACCAAAUCAGUGGAUAGCAAUUUAUCCAACUGAUUCGGUAAAUACUAAAAAAAACUAUCCCCCUCAGGGUCGGUUCAUAGUGCUAGAUAUAUUAGCUCGACGCUUCGCGUCUCGGUAUAUAGUACCCUUAUUCACCUCCCCUUCUGGGAUAGUCGUAUAAUAUUGUUCCUUAAACUGCAAAAAUACAAAAAAACGUAUAGUGGCCCGUAACCAGGGUGCUCAUGAUCACUAAAAGGAAAGCGGACUCUUGGCACGAGAUUGGGUCCGUUCCACCUACACAAUUAGAUAUGAUUUUUAUGGAACGUGCGUUUUCAGUGGUGAAGGUAUGCUAGUUAAAUUAGAGAUAGACAAAAAGCCUCUAAUGAACAAGCAGAGAUUUCGUUGAGGCCGGAGGCCAGACUGAAUAGCGUCAAGCCAAGUUCCCGGGCACUAUCACUUUCAGAAGUAAAAUAAAUCUGAUGAUUUUGUAUUUCUUUACGUAACUAGAGUUGAUCCUUAGUUUUCUCACUUAUAUAACUCAUCCGGUCCAUCUUCCAGGGAGCGCAGGAAACGGAGUUUCAGACAAGGAUGCAAUCUCAAAAAUAAUUUCCAUCGAAUGGGGGAUGAGCAAAGAAAGUUCCAGACUUCCUUAAAAUUUCGACCCUUUUGCGCCUAUCUAUACGGUACCCACGUCCGCUUGUUUCUAAACACCCUGAGCUCGAUUUUGCCUCAUAUAAGGUAAUCCAAGGCAGUCUUGGAUUCCGGAUUUCAGAUACUAGAUUCCGUACUAGCUGGAUUCCAGAUUCCUUGAGCUUAAUUUUCGAUUCCAAAGUCCAGGAUUUUCGAUUCCAUAGGCAAAACUUUCCUGGAUUCUGGAAUUCGAAUCAGGAGGCGAUCGAUUCUCCUGCGGAAAUCACCUGAAUGAGCUGUUAUGCUCAUACCGACCUAACCUCUAACCAUUGAUUUCCAGUAACAUUCUGCUGCUGUCUCUGUGACUGUCGCAUUCCCAAGACAGGUUACGAUAGUAAAAAUGACCCAGAGGAAGACAGCGACUGCAGCGAUGUUAAACAACUGGUUGCCACUCCCAAACAAGGACAUGGAGAAAAAGUGUCGACGAACGGCUUUACUCCUCAAAAGAGUCAAUUGCGGACCACAGGACACGAAACGGGGAAAAUGAAUAAACGUUUUGAUAGUGAAGGUGAAAUAUCUUCCAAGAGUGAUAAUUGGAGGGGUACACCUCGAGUUGCGUUUUCGCGGCAGCCAUAACCAUGAUGGAAAAGAGUUUGAAAAUCGACCAGCAAAUAACGUGAUGAAUGAAAAGACGCUAAAAACUUACGUCACAACGAACACAGAAAUUCGCCACUUUCGCAUUGCUCUGUAAUACACUUUUUGUGCCCCGUCCCCCAGACCUUCCCCAAAGCAACAUUGUUUCCAAUUUCUCCCGGCUAUUACAGGGGGGACAUUACAGUAGUCCGCACCCCCCCCCCAAGAAAGAAUGAAGACAGUGUUUAUGCAAAAUUUGGUGUUGGGGGAGGAGGUUGAGGGGCAAACAGGGUGUAUAAGUGGGCAAUGCAAUAGUCGCGAAUAAACGGCCGACAUUUUCUUGUAAAAAAAAAACUUAGUUAGUACGGCCAAAUAUUUUUGGCCCAUUGGUGAUCGUAACAACGGAGUUCCACUUUAUCGAAUGUACUACAUGUGUAGGCUGGGGUUAUUUAGGUCACUAGUGUCCACACGCUGCCCAUCGAUGAAGUGUAGGCUUGUCACAGUGUUGACCUCGAACACAGCAUAAACUGAAGACAAGUUAGAAAACAUAGCACAGCGGGUAUUUGUACUUCACGAUUGUUAAAUAAUAAAAGAAAUUCGAGAGUAAUUGUCUUGGCCUCGUGGCCUAAUGGAUAGGGCGUCUGACUUCGGAUCAGAAGAUUCCAGGUUCGAGUCCUGGCGGGGUCGUGCACGCUCUUUUUUAAUAUUGGUUCUUCGUUUGACACGAUGCAUUUACUUUUGUGUUAAGGUAAAAGAAUAAUUUUAAUUUGGCGUGAAACUCAUCAAUUUACUCGAAAGUCGUAAUACUGUUCAAAAUCUUUUUUUCAAACUAGCUUUAGUCUAUGUGCAACGUUUUGUUUGUGAUCAAUUUCAAUCGUUUCCCAUAAUUCUGCAGAACAGCUCGGGAAAAAAAUCAACCUACAAAGAGAAAAUUAAAAGCAAUGUUUUCUAAAAGAUUUAUUAGUACUGAUCUAACGUUUUCACUUCAGAGCUAGUGAAGACUUAUCAACCAGCUGAAGAAGGAGUUAAUUUCACAUUACAGUUACCGUAUUAAGUUUUUAACAAAUAAAAUUUCCAUUGAUAGAAAAUGGAAAAAGCCUUUUCAAUUUAGUUUAAGACUACAAUUGUAGAUCCAACAAAAUACAUUCCUCACGGAGCAUUGUAAUGUGUAGUGAUUUUAAUCAGCAUUGAAUCUAAUUCUUUGAUGACUUAAAUUGACAAAAGAAAAAUCGUUAGGGAUUCAUUUUUGCUUUUUCGCAACUUUUAAGAAUAGAAUCAGAAACGGUACUUUUCUCCAGAAGUAUCUCAUUUGACAAGAGUCCUAAAAAUCCUUGAAUACGAUUGGUUAAUCGUACUUUUGUUACAGGUUCAGCUUUUUGCGGUCCGUCCGAUGUAAUCGGUUGUCAAGGUUGUGUUUUCUCGGCUUACGCGAGGUUUUAAAGUGUUUGUAAUAAACAAGCAAUAGCCACGGAACAGCUUACUUAGAACAGCUUGCUGAUAAACGUCAUGCAUCAACAACGAGAGGAGGUUAACGGUAGAGAAUUAAAUUUUGUGUUUAAAUAUAUUAAAUUACCUUGAAAUGUAUCAAAGGAGAAUUAGAAGCAAACUCCGCCCUUCAGAUGAAAUAUUUGACGAAAAACACAAAAACAACGGCAGAAACCUCCCCUCUCCCCAAAAAAGUUGAUCAAAAGUCUAAAAAAGAUAGCCUCAGAAGUUCAAACUGUCUUGUUCGGCGUUGAGCUCGCGCAGAUAAACGUUACAUUUUUUCUUUAUGACGUCAAUUUUUUUAGUCUUUCCACGUCAGAAAGCGAGAUGAAUCGUGUCGCAUUUGGGAAGGAAAAAAUUAAGACGUUCUUGACAAAAUGAAAGCCUUUUUAAUCUACAUUAAUGUGCUCUCAACAGUGUUAGGAACUUCGGCUGCCUCAGCAAACAUCAUUAAGCAAGGUAAGAGUUUAUUUUUGAAAAAGGAAUCUUUAAAUUAUUUUUUAUCUUGCGUAAGCUGGGGUAGAAAAGGCGCACGGCGAAAGCAAAAAUCGUCAUUUUUCCUAGUGACGCCUAUAAUUCAGAUCAGUUCGCUCUCUCACUGUCAAACAUAGCUGCGCCAAUGUUGCAUUCCCAAACAUUACGAACUAGCUAAAAUUGAUCAGUAUCAAAAUGAAAGUUAUUUCUUUGAUUCAAAAUUUUCUCUUUAUGUGACGACCCCUGCUUGCUGUGAAAGGUUACAUUAGGUUUUAUUUUACUUAAUCUGUGGUUUCUUAUUGUUCCAAAAAGAUGAGGACUCUUACGCGCACACUUAAGGUAACAUUCAUGAAUGCAAUGCCACAUCAUAAAAACUUUUAUAAACUUUUUUUUGUCAGAUUCACUUUAAUCAAGGUAGAUCGAUGUAAGGUUUUCAGUCUCAAGUUGUUUUAGUCAUGUUUACCGGUUAAAAUAGACCUGAAUUAUUACUAAAAAAUAAGGGAAACAUUUCGGUGGAAAGAUCUAUUAAAAGUAAAGCAUUAGCAAAAGUGCCAUGUUUUAUAUGGAGUUUGAAAUUUUUGGGGACGUUGCCCUUCAUCAGUGGACUUACUAGUACGUUAGAACUGGUCCAAGGUGUUUAUUAAAAGACAAUAAAAACUUUGUAGUGCGCGCCGCUGUGCGCGCGGCCUACAGGAAACGGAAGUCGUAACUUCCCCUUAUAAAUUCCUACAGUGAAUCGGGUUCCCCUCAGUUGUGAAAGCUGAAUAAAGGCAUCACUCACUCUAACGUGAAUGAAAACAAACAGGAACAGCUCCAUCGUCGUUUCAAUUUUGUAGAAGACUUUUGGUAACAACUGAGAAUGAGAUAAUCGAGGUCGAUUGUUUUUGAAUAUCAUUAAAAUUCGACCUUUAAUUUAUAAGAAAUAAACCACUUUAUGCAGAAGGAUAAGUAAUACUUCAUGCUAAUUUAUCUCUGACUGUUUGCGUUUACUAGAUUUUUGCGCAAGAUUCCUCUCUGCAUUAAUGAACUGGACAUGGCAGGAUACGUUUGAUGUGAUGAGUGUUAUUUGGUUGACUGAUUAUUGCUGCAUGGCUUUAUACCUCACCAUUCAGUACGUUACAAAUAUCAUCACCCAAUGCAGGUGAAGGUGCACACGGCUUAAAUACACAUUUACAGCUAUUAAAGAGUUACUACAGCCCUGUUCAAAUCUCUUGGGACGCUAACGCAAUAACUAUCGUGAAAAUAAUGCAUUUUCCCUACUUCCUCCACGGUGCGGUGUCCACGUCAUAUAUUCGAGUCUUUUUCAACAUAAUCAACAUUGCUUAGGGAAGAGGGGACCGCCGCGGAAAUAGGCUCUUACAACCAGUUCAUAUCCAGGCUUUUAUACUGGGGGGAAAAGAUUACGAGCUAGCCUUGUCUGUCUCUUCUUGCGGCCAUUCUUUUAAAAACGACACAUUUAUAUUACAGACACCUUUCUUCGUUCAAAAAAUUUGAAAUUUCAUUGAAUCCUUAAAACCUGACAACGAGCAACUCUGCAGCUUGCGCCACAGACGGAAAUAACCUUCUUGUUAAGUCAGUCUGCGAAACAGUGCCGUAAAAGUGUUCUGGGACGCGUGUUUACCAAGAUUUGAGAACGCGCCAUAAUUGAAAAGUUAAAAAAGCUAUCGCCAAUAUGCCAAUCUGUUGAAGGGAAAUUCGAAACGUAUUUCCAGUAAUUCAUUGGGCGCUUUCCAAUCGACCCAAAAUUCCGAAAAUUUUGGUUGGUACAUCCCAUGGAACGGACCGCUUUGGUUUGCUCCGACCGGAAUUUGAAGGUGCAUGGUCCACUUUGACCGGUCGGAACGAAAUGUUCCUUUCCAUUUGACCAAAUUGUUGUCCCCCGUACCGCUCUUUUGUAUCCUGCUUACAAGAACAAUAACCAAACGCGCGGUGGCUUGGGUAGGGUCUGUGCAAACGUAGUCACAGUAUCGUUCCAUUGGGCACGUGGAAUUUCCGAAAUUGAAUUUCAAACCGGAAUUUUGUUCAAUAGAAAGCACCCGUUGAGUCCGUAAGGCUUAACAAGGAUAUCGGCUCUGCUUGGAGGACGUUACUAAGGCACCGGCAAGAGAUCAUAAUACGACCUGUUCUAUUAUGGCACAUGGGGACCAGUUAUUACGCCUGGGCGGGGACGGAGGAUUUUAGGCUAAACAAGGUAAAAUUUAGCCGAUUCCCCCUUUGAAUGUUACUUCACUGAAAUGAUCCACCCUAAUAACUUUUGAUGACUUUCGCGAUCCCUCCCCCCCAUGCCUUCAUUUUUCAAGCAAAUUUGAGUUGUCCCCCCUCUUACUCCUUCCAAACUUUUCAGAGAUCCACCCUUUUGGGUUCUCAGUUACGACUGUUCCCCCCUUUUGUUCUCCCAAAAAUCAAGUGAUCCCCCCCUAAAAUCCUCCUCCCCCCCCUCCCACAGGCGUUAAAUAUCGACCGGUCCCUAACCCAAGGACGAUUACGUCGGGGACGCAGGGUAACGACUCUGUAAUGCAGACACAAGUCCUUCCCCCCUCCUCGCGCGCCCGUCGCGUUUCCCUCGCGCCUAAAACUCCCUUUCCCUUCCCUGUCAAACGUCUACCACGCAAGCACUGCGUUCCCGGCAUGCACUGCAAGCUAACAGAGGCCCAACAACCGGUGGUUUCAAAACAAUUUAUUUUCAGAUCUUAUUUAUUUGUCACAAUUUAUGCUUUUCUCUUUCGCUAAAUCCGUUAGUUAUUCUGUUGUAUCUAACGUUUGCCUUACAGAUUGUCCUGCGAAAUUCGCAAACGCGGGGCAGAGAAAAAAUGUGACUGGUUACGUCAAGAAAAACUACGCGAAGGAGCAGCUCAAAAGAAACCAUGGACACCGAAACCACCUAAAAAGAAACGACCUAACUAUUAUGGCAAAUAACAAAAAUAGUAGCUUUGAUCGCAAUUAUGAAGGACAAACGCUUUCUUGUUAUAUGAUUCGUUUUUGAUUCAUGCUGUUUUCCAAGAUAUCCUUUGUAAACUACGUAAAUAAAUGUAUGAAUUGUUCUCAUACAUUGUCAAGUGAGUGAGUUUGGACUUGCGGACAGGAACACCAAAUUAAAGCUUCUUACCACUGACAAAUUACCUUCGCUGAGAACAAAAAAAUACUUCUUUCACUGCCGGAUUAUGUAUCUGACACUCCUUUCUAGAUCUCUUCAUUACAACAUCAACAACAACAAUAUAUAAGUUUUAUUUGCAUAUAGAUCCCCAAAGUCGACCAAUUUGUCCAAACGUUUAGUGCUUCCCACUAUACAAACGUCUGUAAAAUUAAAAGAGGCUAAUAUGUUUGUUCUUUUCCAACAAAUCAUUCAGAAACUUUGGGCAAUGUUUUUCUUCCUUAGCCCAUUUUUCACCGAUGUCGAUGGAUUUUCACUAACUGUUUUAAGCCAACAAUUGAAAAAAUCGUUGAAGGGUCUAUUGUGGAAUGAACUUCCAUUCGCAGAGCUAGACGUUGAUCAACUUUCGUUGAUAUUUUUUUAUUCAAGGCCGAAAAUAUUUUUAGCGAAAAAAGUGAUAUUUUUAUCUUUAAACACGUUCGAAUGUUUUUGUAUAGAGAGUGUACUUAGAACAUAACAGACACGCAGGUGUUUGUGCUAAUGUUAAUCCCUAAUAAAAAAAACUUUUUUCCUUUUUAUAAUCUAUUCAGAUAAACGACAGCUUGGGCUAGAAGAAAUAACUAAUCAACUGCGACAGUUUUGUUAAAAUAAAAUACGAUGGAGCUAUUAAAAAAAUUCGAAAGGUAUUAAAACAAUUACCUUUUGACAGAAAGUGUCUCUUAUUCAGCUUCUUUUUCCCACCCAAUUUUUGUCGCGCCAGUAAGGAACCUAACACAAAAGAAUUAAAAGCAAUGUACCAUAAUUAUCAUACGUUAUCAUACUGUCCAAGUUAAGAUACAGGGCAUGAUAUAUGAAAGCUAUACGAUAUAUAACCGAAAUAUGAUAGUCAGUAGAUGUGCUCACAUUGUGGGUGGUGCCUCUUAAAACGUUCUAUUAUUGCUGUAGGAUGGAGCCGAAACGAAUUGCGGAAUUGCGCACAUUUUAGGCAUCCUACUGAUGAACAGUUACGACUUUUAGAUAUUUCGAGCAACAACAAUUUGCCGUCUGUCCUCUUUGAAUUGAAAUGAAUGCACUCAUCGAAAGGACUCGGUUAGCGAUAACAUACUCAGAGCUCAAUUUCAUGAUGAUCCUAUUUACACUGCCGCACUGUACAAUUUUCUUGUAGCGCACUCUGCAGUUUGCAGCCAUUCUAGUUGUCGAGUUUAGAACCAAAUUAAUACAACACUAUCCCUUUCUAUUUGCUUUUAUUUUACGGUUGAUAGUACACAUAACUCGUGAAGUAUUCAGUAACCCAUUUGAUGGAUCAAUGACCUUCGUUACCUUAUGUUAUACUUAGCGUGUUUUGAAUAAUUUAAAACGGUACCGUUGUUCUCCUGUUUACUCGGAAUACCUUCUGUCAUACGUUUAUCUAAACUCGUUUGAAAAUAGUGUUGCAUUUUCAGUGACACGCAAUCUUAAAUCAGUUUUCCGUGGACACAAAUCAUUUACUUAUGGUUGUUGUUGUUGCUGCUGCUGCUGUGGUUUUUGUGUUUCUUCUAUGACUUCUUCUUCUUGUUGUUUUUCAUCUUCUUCUUCUUCUUCUUCUUCUUCUUCUUCUUCUUCUUCUUCUUCUCCUUCCUCUUCCAAUUCUUCUCUUUUUUCUACUUCGUUCUUCUUCUUCUUCGUCUUCGUCUUUGUCUUCUUCUUCUUCUUGUAAUUAUUAUUAUUAUCUAUUUCUUUCAAUCGUUUUAUUUCUAAAAACAGCCAACAAGCAACAGUUUUAAUUACAAGUUUUUCUUGUUCAACUUUCCUGUCUUAAUCCGCAGUUGCCAGGAGUUCUCUUAGUUUUGAAAGGGUCUACGCAGUACCUCUAUCAUGGCCUGCCGAAUGCGUCUCAUCUUCCAGCAGUAAAUCAGUGGACUCAGAGAGGAAUUGAGUACAAGCAAAUUCGUAGCGUGGAGGUUUACUUUAUAUACCAAAAAAGGUCGCUCAAUAUCAAUUAUUUUUGCUGCAAUAUUGAAACAAAUCUGUGGUAGGUAACAAGCCACAAAUGUGAGAUACACAUAGAAUACGCCGAAUGCAGCUUUUCUCUCUCUUGCUGCAUUUACCGCUUCAUUCCUCUCUCCGCAUUCAGCUGGCACGUUUUGAACUUGGGCUGCGUGCUGUCGCAAGGCUAAACAAAUCUUGAAGUAAAACAGGCCUGACAUGAUGAGACAAAUGAACUGAAUGGUAACAAACAAAAUGAAACUCUUGUUCUCUGGGAGCCACUCAAGAAAUCGAAACAACGGAAGGAAGGCACUCAACAGCCAAAAUGAAAUGACCCCAACAAUGGCGCGUUUAUGAGUUACCGCAUCCUGGUACCGGAGCUGAAGGCGUAUAACCAAAAAUCUGUCAGCACUCAACGCCACAAUGCUAAAAAACGAAGCAUACGUUAGGACGUUGGCCACGACUCUGUACGCGUCAAAUAUAGGUUCAUGGUGAUCAAGAAAAAUAUAUGAAGAAAAGAAAUUUAUGUGGCUGACAAGGAGAUAAAUGUUUAGUGGCUGCGCUACUAAACCAACACCAAGGUCGGAGACAGACAUACUGAGGAGCAAUGUUUUCAGAGUUUUUCUUGGCAAGGAAGGAAUAUUUCUCAGCGCGAGUAUUACUAAUACGUUUAGCACUACAGCGGUAAAAGCAAAGAUGGAACCCACGAUGCAAGCGAUCAGUGUGUGGUAAUAAAGUUCCGAGAAGUACAUUCUUUACCUUGGAACCGGACGUUCUUUUCUGUCUACUCUGUCAGAGAAAGUUCAUUUUACGUUUCAAAGCGAUGAAUACUUUUAAAAUAUAUGAUUUGUUUGUUUUUAACAAGUCAGCUAUUUGAAUGCUUCGUUGUUUCUCCUUUACACUUCCAAAUGCUUGUUCUGAUACGCUCAAACGCACUCUUCAACGAUGAAAAGCGAUUAUUUUUGCCACUACGAUUCACAUGUUACUAUGCCUAUAUACAUGAGCCAAACCAUGUGAUAGCGCUGAAAAAAUUGAUUGAUUAAAAUGAUUAUUUGGUCUGACAAGAAAGGGAAAGGUCUUCCAAAUUGUCUAUGAUCGUCCAACAGUGACAAGCGAGAAAAAUAACAACCGCCAAUUUUCGGAGUGAGUUUUGUCAGCAUUGGCGUUGGUCAUACUGUUUUCCUCUGCACUUAUCAGAGAACGAGAAAGUUAAUUCGAUAAUAGAGGGGAAAUUGAGCCUACAUUUAAUAACGACGCCGAACAAAUUGAGGUAAAGGAUCAAAUUACGACCACGCCAACACAAAUUUCGCUCCUCCUUGCUUAGAUGGUCCGGCAGGUGUCUUCUUUCUCAAGUUUAAUGUAAAGAAAGAGGUUAAUUUAUGGAGAACAAAAGGAAAGCAAACAUUUUCGAAAACUAUACGUGCCAGCAAGUUAACAUGGCAAGGAACACUGCACUGCAGAUAAUGAACGCUCACCUCGAUGGUAGCCGCUGUUGACAGCAUUUGCAAGAAGCGAUAAAAAAAACUGUCUCAUUCACGGUGCAGAGUUGACGGAAGCAAAUAAAGCUCUGUGUUUCUUCUCGGAAAGGGGAGUUAUUUAAACUUUCAACGUUGAUCUUUUCAAUCAUUAAUGCUAAAGCUCACAAAAAAUUAAAACUAACAACAACAACAACAAUAAGCUUUAUUUGCAUGACCAUAACAAAGUAUUACAGUAUUGCAAAAGCUACUUGAAAUUACUCAUUGAUUCCUUGUAAAUUAAAUAUUUAAAAUAAUUUGAAACUUAUUAAUCAUUGUUUAUUUCUAACCAUCAGUAGGAUUAAUUAUUAAUUAUUUGUCCCUCAAUUCAAAGCAAGUUGAUAUAAAUGAAAUUAAUUGGAUGUUAAUAAAAUAGUCAGUAGAAUUCAUCAGAUUUGAUAAUAGGGACUCAUGUGAUUGUAGUCGUAGAAACGGUAUUUUAGGUUCUAGUUUAGAGAAUAACAUAUCUCUUAUCGAAGAGAAACUUGGACAAUCUAAUAAAAAGUGAGUUUCGUCUUCAAUUCUGUUACAAUUGCAGAGAUUGCAUAACCUUUCGCCACGUGGUAGAUUGUCGUAUCUACCUGUCUCAAUCCUAAGUUUGUUUAUUCUCAGUUUCACUAAUGUUUUCCUAGAAGGGUUCUUUCUUGUUAAAUCUAGGUAGACAGAAGGGCUAUAAUUCGUUCUGAUUUUAUAAUAAAAGUUAAGUUUUUGUGAAUGUUGAAGGGUAUGAUUCCAGUAAGUGAUAUAUUUCUUUUGCAUAAGAUCUACAUAUUGCUUAAUUUUACAUUUAUUCAGUAAAUUACAAUUAAAGCCUGGGAAAUCAUAGUCGUCAGUCAUCUUCUUAAGACUGGAGUAAAAACUAUUUUGGCCACUAUGAUAAAGGUCAACAGAUAUUUUUAAAGAUUGUUUAACUAUAGAAUUUUCAUCUUUUUCUUGGAGAUAGUUUAAGUAAUUAAGUAUCUUGUUAUUUAUAUCAAUGAUCAGAGGGAAUCUGCCAAGUUCAGAUCUGCAUGCAACAUUGGAUGACUUGUUAUGGACUUCUAAAUAUCGUUUACAGAAGUGUAAAUGAGUUUAUUCGAUUCCGGAGUUAUCCCUUGACUUAAAAUCUGAUUUCACAAAGGCACCCCAAACUUCACUAUUGUAAGUUAAAAUCGGUGAGAUCAUUGUGUCCAAAAUUUUAUUUGCAAGGGAGGGUUUCGGUUUACUAAAAUCAGUGUGGCGUCUUAGACUAAAUAGAGCAUGAAGGGCUUUUUGUCGAAGAUGUUCAAGUGAGAGUGUAAAAGGAAGACGAGAUGCGAGUCCCUAAGUAAGUAUAGUCUUUUACAAUGUCUAUCAUUUCAUUGCCUAUGUGAAAAACAUAAUCACAUUUUUUUGUGCCUUUUUGGAAAACCAUUAUUUUGGUUUUCUUGCGGUUGAUUUUAAGCAUCCAGGAGUUGCAAUAUGAAGACAAUUUGUUGAGGCAAUUUUGUAAUCCUAAUUUCGAUCGUGAUAAUAUAAUAAGGUCGUCAGCAUAAAAAAGAGAAUUGAGUUUGGUGCCAUUUGGUAGCACAAACGGAUCAGAUAAAAUAUUGUUGAAUGAAAAAGCUAGAUCAUUAACGUAUAGGUUGAAGACAAGAGGGCUUAAAAUGCAGCCUUGACGCACACCUCUAGUGUAUUGAAAAGGAUGUGUUUGGUUAUUUCCAAUCCUAAUAGAACAGGUAGAGUUUGAGUAUAAACUUUUUAUGACUUUAUAGAAGUUUCCUCGGACAUUUAUUUGUAACAGCUUGUAUAAGAGUCCAUCGUGCCACACCGAAUCAAAUGCUUUUCUAAAGUCCACAAAACAUGCGUAUACUUUCGUUUUGUGACAGUCAACGUAUUUGUCAAUUAAUGUUCGUAGUGUAAGAACAUGGUCAGCGGUUCGAUUAUUUGCUAAGAAACCUAUUUGAGAUUUAUGAAGUAUGUCACUCGACUGAAUGUGCUUGAGAAGUCUUUGAUUGAGAAUUGAGCAAAAUAGUUUCCCAAGACAACUAGAAAUACAAAUUCCUCGAUAAUUUGAGGGAUCACUUUUAGCCCCACUUUUAAAAAUUGGUGUUAUAAGGCCACCGCACCAUGUUUGAGGCAUAGUGCCUGACAUCAGAACAGCAUUGAAUAACUUCAAAUAAAUAGGCAUUAGUUCAUUUAAGCUGGAUUUGAUCAUUUCAUUUUUUAUUCUCUUUGAAUACGAAGAUUUGUUGUUUUUGAGUUUGUUAGCCGCUGUGCGUAUUUCGAGUUCAGUUAUUAGGUAGUCCAAAGCAUGCGAUUGUGUUGUUGCGUCUUCUAAUCUUGUUAACUCAUCGAUAAUGGCUUCUUGGUGUGAAUUAAGAGGCUCGUUUGAAUGUAGUGACUGGAAGUGAGACAACCAACUUUCUUCUGAGAUUGGCGGGGUACUAGUUUCCUUCAUAGAAUCAUCCAUAGAUUUCAAGCAGUUCUAAAAAUUUCGGCUGUUUGAGUUAUCUAUCAUGUCUUCUAGUUCCGAGAUCUUAGUAUCAUAGUAUUCUUUUCUCUUCUGUUUCAGAACGUUUUUGUACUGUUUUAAGACAGUGUGAUAGUUUUCCCUAAGCGUAAUAUUGAGAGGAUCUCUGUGUUUUAGAUUAGCAAGUUUCCUCAAUUCGUGUCUCUUAAGACGACAUUCUUUAUCAAACCAUUUUUUGUUAGACGAAACAGAAGAUAAUCUAGUAUAUCGUCUUUUAACGUUCUUAAUUUUCAAACAAUGUUUUGCGGUUGCAAAAAGAAUCCUUUCUACUGCAUCGAGAGAGGAGUUAAUGUGUUUGUCUGGCCUACUGUCAACAAGAAAAUCAUGUAUCAUUCUCUGUAUGUCUCUUGUUUGCAUUGCUGUUUUAAAUUUUUGUGAUGAAUCAUUUUCCCAUAUAAACUGUUUGGGUAAACGAAUUAAUGUAUCAUUGGUAUUUUCUGUAGCUAAGUGGGUAUUUACCUUAGUAAUGUUAAACCAUGUCAUUAUUGGACUGUGAUCUGAUAAACUCGACGGCUCUUUGACAACAAAAUUCGCGAUAGAGUGGAAUAAGUCUUGGUCGCAUAUUGCAUAGUCAACAACACUAACUCCUAAUUUACCAUGAAAUGUUGGCCUUCCCAGCGAAUCGCCAAGGGAUCUACCAUUCAUAAUCGUUAGAUCUGCACUCCUACAUAUUUCUAAAAGCCGUUUACCGUGGUUAUUUAAUUCGUUAUCAAAGCUGUGUCGCUGAAGGGCGCAUAAGGAGAAUUCAGAUUGAUCGUUUGUUAUAAUGGUGUUGCCCUCUUGACAGACAUUGUCUUAGUAUUUGCCUGUUCUAGAGUUGAAAUCACCCAUGAGAAGAAUUGAUCCAAAAGCCGAGAAUUUCUCAAUAUCGUUUUCAAGUUCUUCAAAUAGUUCAGGAUUUGCCAUGUUUGAAAAUACAGCAAAUAUCCAACUGUUGUGCAUCUCCUGUUUACGGCUACAUGUUCACCCAUGAAUUCACCCGUGAAUCAAACUAAUUAUUUCUUUCACGGUUUCCUUUCUGAUUCUGUUGAGAUCACUUCGUGUGCAUAUACUAAAACAAUUAUUCACCUCAGGCUCAGUUAAUAUUGAUUAAUCCCCGAGACGAAAUUAAUCAACAAUUAUUAACUUCACCUUCGGCGAAUAAUUGUUAAUUAUUAUUCACUCAAAAUAUUUUCCCGAUUCUGAUUGGCUAAAAGCACAAGCAUAAUUCACCAUAACCAGUUUCUGAUGACCAAAUUUGGAAGAAUUUUGUGUUUAACAAGGAAACGACGUCAAAAAUGCAUCGUUCGUGCAAGUUAAGGCGUUGAGUUGUUUUGCUUGUGAACUUGAAAAAUGGCGCACAUUUCACUCGUUUCAAGAGUAAGAACUAGGCAAAAAAAUAACUAAAAACAUGGCAAGAACAGCAAGAAGACAACUCGACGGGCGACAUCUGCUAUUUGGAGAAUAUUUGCGGAGCUGGACAAACCUAAACGUGUACUAUCGAAGAUGAACUUAACAUCGAUGGAUCGAUGGAGUUACGGUAAGCAUGUUUUGGCCAUGUUUUUAAACUAGGAAUUAUUUUGAAUGAAUAAUAAAACAAUUAUUGAAUUCGGCUUUCGUAUCAUAUGAAGAAUUAUGGAGAUCUGGGAGGGUGCCUACGGCCUCGACGGAUAACACCCUCCUCGAUCUCCAUAAUUCUUCAUAAGAUACUCAGCAUCAUUCAUUAAUUGUUUUAAAUAUUGCUCCAUAGACUACAAAAAUACAAAAAACCUUAUAGUGGCCCGUAACUAGGGUGCUCACGAUCACUAAAAAGAAAGCGGACUCUCUGCACGAGAUUGGGUCCGUUCCACUUAUAGAAAUAGAUAUGAUUUUUAUGGAACCUGCGUUAUAAGUGGUGAAGUUAUGCUAGUUUAGUUUGACAGAAAGCCUCCAAUCGGCAAGCAGAGGUUUCCUUGAGGCCAGAGGCCAGAAGUAGCGUCCAGCUGUUAUCGUAUGUAUUAGGUCCAGUACUAUCACUUUCUGAAGUAAAUUAAUUCAGAUGUUCUCUUUGUAUUUCCUUACGUAAAUAGAGUUGAUCCUUAGUUUUCUCACUUAAAAUAUAUAAUUCAUCCGGUUCAUGUUACAGGGAGCGCAGGGGGUCUAAUCUCAAGAAAAUUCCCAUGGAAAGAGGGAGGAGCAAAGAAAGGUCUUCCCUAGAAAUUCGUCCCUUUUGCAAUCAUCUUCGCGCCUAUCUAUACGGUACCCACGUCCGCUUGUUUCCAAACACCCUGAGCUCGAUUUCGCCCCACAUAAGGUAAUUCAAAGGAUUUCAGGUACUGGAUUCCGGAAUCGUUCCGGAUUCCAAUCGUUAGUGGGAUUCCGGAUUCCUUGAGCUGAAUUUCCGGUUCCAAAGUUCAGCGUUCCGGAUACCACGGGCACAACUUUCCUGUAUUCUGGAAUUUGAAUCAGGAGGCGAUCGAUUCUCGUACGGAAAUCAGCUGAAUGAACUGUUAUGCUCAUGCCGAUCUAACCUCUAACCAUUGAUUUCCAGUAACAUUCUGCUGCUGUCUCUGUGACUGUCGCAUUCCCCAGACAGGUUACGAUAGUAAAAAUGACCCAGAGGAAGACAGCGACUGCAGCGAUGUUGAACGACUGGUUGCCACUCUCAAACAAGGACAUGGAGAAAAAGUGUCGACGAACGGCUUCACUCCUCAGAGGAGUCAAAUGCGGACCAAAGAACACGAAACGGGGAAAAUGAAUAAAGUUUUUGAUAGUGUAGGUGAAAUACCUUCCAAGAGUGAUAAUGGGAGGAGGACACCUCGUGCUACGUUUUCACGGCAGCCAUAA